AAUCCAACAUACUCAAGCUAGGUGUGUCAUUAUUUGUCGACUGGUUCAAUCCUCGUGGGAACAAGAUCAGUGGCAAGAUUGAAUCGACCGGGGUUCUUGCACUUUCCUGCCUUAAUCUUCCACCAACCAUUCGGAAUAAGAUUUCACACAUGUGCAUUGCUGGAAUCACUCCUGGACCCUACUCUCCAGAUCCCCAGACGUUCAACCAUCUCCUAGGCCCACUUGUAGACGAACUUAUCAGACUUGACGCUGGUAUCAUCAUCCCAACUCAUCAAUUUCCAGCCGGCCGAUUGGUGCAAGUCAAGUUGUUAUGUAUUUACGGUGAUGUACUCGCAACGAAGAAGGUCGCUGGCUACGCUUCCCAUUCAGCAACAAAAUUUUGCUCGUUCUGUCAUGCUGAACAAUCCAAGCUCCACCUAUUACAACUUUCCAGAAGACGUGAAAAAGACGAAACUAUUUCUGCAGCUGUUGACUCAAAGAAUGCUACAUCAACAACCGAACAAGAUAAUCUCUUGAAGGCUUCUGGCGUCCGAUGGUCCGAACUCAAUCGUCUACAUUACUGGGACCCUAGCCGACACGUUGUGUUAGGAGUAAUGCACAACUGGCUUGAAGGCAUAUUACAAGGCCACUUUCGCUAUCGAUGGAGGUUUGGAUGGGUCCCACCGAGCCAGAAAAAGAAAAAACGGCAGAAUGGCUCAAGAUCAACAACUCGCCCCAAUAAGCGUACCCGAACAGCAAUUGAAUCAAUUGAAAUAGCUAUGGAUCUGGACGAUGACGAUAUUGAAUAUCAAUCUGACGAGGAUGAUGAUAUAUUACUCAACAGCGGGUUAGGUGGCAGUUUCUUUACCGAAGGAGAUGUCGAACGAUUUCGAGCGGCUAUGAAGCACAUUGUACUACCCCCUGGUGUUCCGCAUUUACCUCAUAAUCUCGGAGAGGCAAGUCAUGGCAAACUGAGCGCAUCUCAGUGGCAUGCGCUGUAUGUCUUUGUUAUUCCCCUGGUGAUUUGUGAACUCUACAUUGAUGAAGUUGGAGCAAUCGACCUCCACUCAAAUCGGUACAAAUUCCUGGCCAAUACUGCCCAACUAGUUCAAUGUACGAAUGUAGUUUUUGCUCGAAAAUUCAAGCAAGGUGAUAUCAAACGGUUUGAGAUGCAUUACAAAAAAUACUCGCAAUCAGUCCAGGAACUAUUUGAAAACAUCAAAGUCCAACCCAAUCAUCACUUCGCACUACAUACUCCUCAACAGAUGUCUGAUUGGGGACCUCUUGUCAGUGUAGCAGAGUUCGCUGGAGAGCGCCUCAUAGGAUUCUUACAGAAAAUCAACACAAACAACAAGAUUGAUGAAAUGCACCAAAGCAUGAUAACUCGUGGGUGUCGAUUACAACGUAUGCUGGCAAGCUCCGAUUACAAUCAGUUGGCUAAUGUGCUUGACGACAACAAGCCUCAAAGAGGACGGCAAACCAAAUCAAUAUUGCUAUGUUCAUCAAGGUAUACAAUGCUUUUCAACCAUGUAGCAAAUCAGGAUCGGUCGGUGGUUAAACAUGGUACGUUUCCAGUACCCAGGCAUGGCUGGGUUCUGUCGGGAUUAGUGACACCUAUAAGAUCAAUCGACUGUAAUGGAGUAGUGGUGGGGUCUGUGAGUCCUCGGAAUUGUGUGGUCGCCAACGUGGCAGGAAAAAUGAGGUAUGGUCUUGUGCGGCAGUGCUAUCAGUACAAAAACCGUUUGGGCGAGGAUGAGGAAUUCUUGGUAAUGUCAACAAUUACGAAUAUGUACCCAAAACGAACGGAUGCUUGUCCAACACGGCCUUUCCGAUACUUAUUGUUUCUUUUCGGCAUGGUUGUGGGAAGGGUUGAAGACACCGAACAGGUGGUUUUUCCCACUCAGAUAGUCUCUCUAGCAGCAUAUCGGCUGCUAGAUGAUCAAACGUUUGGUAUUCCUACAAAUGGAAUAGCGCUUAUCCCCCACGGCUAUGACGCAUGCCUCAACAUUGCCGGCAAUUGCUGAAUAUUUGGUCAAACCUGUAGUCAACCACCCCCAUUUCAUCUCCAAGCGCACCUCACUUGAUCUCCAAGCCCUGCCCCUGAUUCGUCCCUAAGCUUUUUCAUCUCAUCUUUACUGGAAAUUCUACGUGUUUCUCUUUUUGUAUGCUUUCAAUCUCAUUUAUUCCAUAUCACUUACCGUUUAACUUGUUCAUUCCUUAAACACUUUUUUACUCAAUUUCCUUUCUUGUCUCACUUGCUUAACCUUUUCACUUGAAUACCUUAUUUGUUUCACUCGCUUUUUCCAUUAGACUAUAUUUUGUUAGCUUAAUUUUUUUGCAAAGUAACAUGAUUUCUUUC